CUCAAACAUGGCGCUGGACAGAGUCCAUGUUUUCCUGUUUGAUAAUGAAACAGUUGCAUAAACUCUCCUUCAGUACAUAAAAUCUGUCAGCCGAACGCAGACGAGACUCAGACGUCACUCAAUAUAAUAACAAGAUAACAACAUGCUUUCUGCAAUUAUAGCCAAAAAGGUUGGAAGUUCAAUUUGCCGGGCAUCUCUGCGGCCAGCUCUUGGUACAGUGAUUUCUCGAGGUUACCGUGGUGAUGCCCCAGAACCAACCAUGAUUGAGAUCCCUCUGCCCCCGUGGGAGGAGAGGACUGGCGAGUCCCUGGAAAUCAAAAAGAAGAGACUCCUCUAUGAGAGUCGUAAGAGAGGCAUGCUGGAGAACUGUAUCCUUCUGAGCCUUUUUGCAAAGCGGUACCUGAACACAAUGAGCGCAGCUCAUCUCAAACAAUACGACAGACUCAUCAAUGAACCUAGCAAUGACUGGGACAUCUAUUACUGGGCAACAGAGGCUCAGCCGACACCUGACGUAUACCAGGGUGAAGUGAUGGACAUGCUCAAAGAGUUUGCCAAGAACAAGGACAUGGAACAGCGUCUAGAUGCUCCCAAUCUGGAAUAUCUCGACAAGAGUUGUUAAUACUCACACUUCUGUCAGAGACUGUCAUAACAGCCCAAACCUGAGCUCAUACGAGCACCUGUGUGACAUCCUGUGUGUAGAGGUCAUAAACAUCUUACUUAAAUGCAUUCUUGGGAUGAGAUGUUUCAAACACUCAUUUUCAUGUGCACAUAUUUAUAUAUUAAACAGAUUGCACGUCCACCCAAAUAAACUGUUAAACAACUUGUAUGAUGUAAUAUAUUUGCAUUCAUUAAUAAAGCCAUAGUUCAACCAUAAAGGAAAGAUCUGUCAUUAUUUACUCACCCUCAUGUUGUUUCAAACCAGUAUGACUUACUUUCUUCCAUGGACCACAAAAGGAGAUGUUAGGCAGAAUGUUAACGACUGAUAGCUUCAGUCCCCAUUCACUUUCAUUGUUUUGGAAAAUGACGUGUGGAAAUGAGUAAAUGAGAACAGAUUUUUCAUUUUUGGGUGAACUAACCCGUUAAGGCUGACUAGUUCUGCCUUUAUGAAUCUUCAUGUAAUAAAAUAAUACACAAUUGUACAUUAGUUGAUUUACUGUGCUUAAGAUGUACAAAGCACAGACAAAAAACAUGGACAUUCGUUCUUACAGACAUUGUUAUGGACAGACUGCUGUACAAUGAUUGUAACAAGACUAGUUGUAUUUAGGCUCGUUCUAAUCAAUGACUGGUGUUUUUCUGUCCUGCCAAUGAAAAUAUUAGCUGUAUCAAAAGGUUUUGUGUAUAAUAAUUACACAAAACUGCAGGAAGAUGUACUUUGAAAGAUUCAUUUCAUUGAAAGGUCAUGUGCGUAAUUUUUGCGAUGUUAAAAAAAACUUCUAGCUCAUUUUAAAGUGGACAGACAGCUGUAAGGCAUGUAUAUAUAGGUUGAUUCCUGCAAAAGGUGUAAACUGUGAAACCAUCAAAACAUUGCUCUGUUUGGGGAUCCUAACCAAUGGCUUUGGGGUUAAACUAUAUAUCUAAACUACCACGGGUAAACUGCUCCCAUGGUCAUUUAUUAGGUGUGCGAAGUCAAUUCCCCUCAAGUUCACACAGGUGUCUAAGCAGAGAAGCCACAGGUGAACUUCAUCACAUGAAAACUGCAAUUUUCUAAUUUCUCUCAUUUACUCAUUAACUUUCUUUUGCAGAACACAAAUCAAGAUUUUUAGAAGAAUAUUUCAGCUCUGUAGGUCGUCACAAUGCAAGUGAAUGGUGACCAAAAUUUUUAUCCAAGUCUUUUAAACUGAUUCAAUAGAUUUGGGUGAGAACGGACCAAAAUAUAACUCCUUUUUCACCAUAAAUGUUGACAUCAGCAGUCUCCUUUGCGAUCAUGAUUUCAAUCUCCUUUACACAUCCAAGCGCCAUCUAGCGCUCUGCACAUACAUCAAGCACUAGGAAGUGUAAUCAAGCUUGAAAUCAUGAUUGUGCCUAGAAACUGCAAUGGCAAGAUGUACAAUGACUUUUUAAUUGGUAUAUUUUGGUAUAUUCUCGCCUAAAAUUGGGGGCCUGGGUAGCUCAGCGAGUAAAGACGCUGACUACCACUCCUGGAGUCACAAGUUCGAAUACAAGGUGUGCUGAGUGACUCCAGCCAGGUCUCCUAAACAACUAAAAUAGCCUGUUUGCUAGGAAGGAUAGAGUCACAUGGGGUAACCUCCUCGUGGUCACUAUAAUGUGGUUCUCGCUCUCAGUGGGGCACGUGGUGAAUUGUACUUGGAUGCCAUGGGGAAUAGCGUGAAGUCUCCACAGGCACUAGGUCUCCGCGGUAACGCACUCAACAAGGCACGUGAUAAGAUGUGCAGAUUGACGGUCUCAGACACGGAGGCAACUGAGAUUCGUCCUCCACCACCCGUAUUGCCAGUCACUUUGCCACCAUGAGGACUUAGAGUGAAUUGGGAAUUGGGCAUUCCAAAUUGUGGAGAAAAGGGGAGAAAAAAAUAUUCUCACCUAAAAUCAAUUAGAUCGCUUCAGAAGACAUGGAUUCACAGAGUAUGGAUUACUUUCAUGCUUAAAAGGUACAGUCACCAUUCACUUGCAUUGUAUGUACCUACAGAGUUGAGAUGUUCUAAAAAAAUCGUAGUCAUCUUGGCAUGAGGUUCAGUAAAUGAUGAUAGAAUUACAUUUUUUGAUGAACUAUUCCUUUAAGAAUAGACAUGUUCCAUUAACAUUCGACAACAGGAAUGUGUGCAAAUACCUUUUGUGAAGAGUACAGUAUAUCUUAUAUAAACUUAUUUUAGUGAAAUGUUUGGCUUGAAAAGUGUACUUUUGCUAUACUUAUUUAAAAUAAAUGUAACUUUGAUAUAAUAAAAGAUCAUU